AGGUUCCGCUUCCGGGUGAAGAUGCUGCGGGUUCUCCGGCGCGCGCCCCGGCUCCUGAAUGUUUGUUCAGCAGAAGUUAUCACUGGGACGGAGCUGGUCUCGCCCCAUGUCAGAGCAAAACUCGCAGGGAUUACCAGGUGGCGAAGUGGGGUGAACAUCUCCACGGCAACAGUUGCCCCAGGGAGUGAUGAUUGGCUCCUGAAGUGGGCCCUGCUCCUGAUCCCAGUCAGCACCUUCAGCCUCGGCACCUGGCAGGUACAGAGGCGGAAAUGGAAGCUGCAGCUUAUCAAGGAUCUCCAGGAACGCACCCGCUCGGACCCCCUGCCCCUGCCCCUGGACCAGCUGGAACUGAAGCAGCUUGAGUACCGGAGGGUGAAGGUCCGAGGGAGGUUCGACCACUCCAAGGAACUCUACAUCAUGCCCCGAUCGAGGGUGGAUCCAGACAAAGAGGCCCAAGAGGCUGGGCGCCUGAUGUCCAGCACUGAGACUGGAGCCAACGUGAUCACUCCAUUCCACUGCACCGAGCUGGGGGUGAAGAUUCUUGUGAACAGGGGCUUCGUUCCCAGAAUGAGACUCAAACCAGAAACACGGGCCAAAGGACAGAUCACAGACGAGGUGGAGAUCAUUGGUGUCAUUCGACUGACAGAAAGUCGCAGACCAUUCACCCCUCAGAAUGACGUUGAGAGGAAUUGCUGGUAUUAUCGUGAUUUGGAGGCAAUGGCACAGGCUAUGGGCACAGAACCCAUCUUCAUUGAUGCAGACUUCAAUAGUACAGUUCCUGGAGGUCCGGUUGGUGGGCAGACCAGAGUAACUCUGAGGAAUGAGCACCUGCAGUACAUCCUAACCUGGUACGGGCUAUGUGCUGCAACCUCCUAUAUGUGGUUCCAGAAGUUUGUACGGAAAGCAGCUGUCUGAUCCUCGUUGGAAAUCUUAUCACUCUGUUUAUGUUAUAAAUGCACAAUUUCAAAAAAGUCUCCAAGUCAGUUUAUUA